AAGUAGGGGAAAAACUGCAGUGGAAGAUGAGGACAGCAUGGAUGGGCUGGAGACAACAGAAACAGAAACGAUUGUGGAAACAGCGGAAAUCAAAGAACAAUCUGCAGAAGAGGAUGCUGAAGCAGAAGUGGAUAACAGCAAACAGCUAAUUCCAGCUCUUCAGCGAUCUGUGUCUGAGGAAUCGGCAAACUCCCUGGUCUCUGUUGGUGUAGAAGCCAAAAUCAGUGAACAGCUCUGCGCUUUUUGUUACUGUGGGGAAAAAAGUUCCUUAGGACAAGGAGACUUAAAACAGUUCAGAGUAACGCCUGGAUUUGUCUUGCCAUGGAGAAACCAACCUUCUAACAAGAAGGACAUUGAUGACAACAGCAAUGGAACCUAUGAGAAAACACAAAACUCAGCACCACGAAAACAAAGAGGACAGAGAAAAGAACGAUCUCCUCAGCAGAAUAUAGUAUCUUGUGUAAGUGUAAGCACCCAGACAGCUUCAGAUGAUCAGGCUGGUAAACUGUGGGAUGAACUCAGUCUGGUUGGGCUUCCAGAUGCCAUUGAUGUCCAAGCCUUAUUUGAUUCUACAGGCACUUGUUGGGCUCAUCACCGUUGUGUGGAGUGGUCACUAGGAGUAUGCCAGAUGGAAGAACCAUUGUUAGUGAACGUGGACAAAGCUGUUGUCUCAGGGAGCACAGAACGAUGUGCAUUUUGUAAGCACCUUGGAGCCACUAUCAAAUGCUGUGAAGAGAAAUGUACCCAGAUGUAUCAUUAUCCUUGUGCUGCAGGAGCUGGCACCUUUCAGGAUUUCAGUCACAUCUUCCUGCUUUGUCCAGAACACAUUGACCAAGCUCCUGAAAGAUCAAAGGAAGAUGCAAACUGUGCAGUGUGCGACAGCCCGGGAGACCUCUUAGAUCAGUUCUUUUGUACUACUUGUGGUCAGCACUAUCAUGGAAUGUGCCUGGAUAUAGCGGUUACUCCAUUAAAACGUGCAGGUUGGCAAUGUCCUGAGUGCAAAGUGUGCCAGAACUGCAAACAAUCGGGAGAAGAUAGCAAGAUGCUAGUGUGUGAUACGUGUGACAAAGGGUAUCAUACUUUUUGUCUUCAACCAGUUAUGAAAUCAGUACCAACCAAUGGCUGGAAAUGCAAAAAUUGCAGAAUAUGUAUAGAGUGUGGCACACGGUCUAGUUCUCAGUGGCAUCACAAUUGCCUGAUAUGUGACAAUUGUUACCAACAGCAGGAUAACUUAUGUCCCUUCUGUGGGAAGUGCUAUCAUCCAGAAUUGCAGAAAGACAUGCUUCAUUGUAAUAUGUGCAAAAGGUGGGUUCACCUAGAGUGUGACAAACCAACAGAUCAUGAACUGGAUCCUCAGCUCAAAGAAGAGUAUAUCUGCAUGUAUUGUAAACACCUGGGAGCUGAGAUGGAUCCUUUACAGCCAGGUGAGGAAGUGGAGAUAGCUGAGCUCACUACAGAUUAUAACAAUGAAAUGGAAGUUGAAGGCCCUGAAGAUCAAAUGGUAUUCCCAGAGCAUGCAGUUAGUAAAGAUGUCAACGAUCAGGAGUCCGCUCCUGGAAUUGUUCCAGAUGCAGUUCAAGUCCACACUGAAGAGCAACAGAAGAGUCAUCCCUCAGAAAGUCUUGACACAGAUAGUCUUCUCAUUGCUGUAUCAUCCCAACAUAAAAUGAAUACCGAAUUGGAAAAACAGAUUUCUAAUGAAGUUGAUAGUGAAGAAAUGAAAACGUCUUCUGAAGUGAAGCGUAUUUGUGGUGAAGAUCAAAUGGAAGAUAAAAUGGAAGUGACAGAAAACAUUGAAGUCGUUACACACCGGAUCAUUGUGCGGCAAGAGGAACUGCAGUUGUUAGAGGAACCUAAAACAGUGGUAUCCAAAGAAGAAUCGGGGCCUCCAAAAUUAGUCAUUGAAUCUGUCACUCUUCCACUGGACACCUUAGUGUCCUCACAUGAGGGAAGUGUUUCACUAAGUCCUGAGGAACAGUUGGUUAUGGAAAGACUACAAGGAGAAAAGGAACAGAAAGAAAAUUCUGAACUUUCUACUGGAUUGAUGGACUCUGAAAUGACUCCUACAAUUGAGAGUUGUGUGAAAGAUGUUUCAUACCAAGGAGACAAAUCUAUAAAGUUAUCAUCUGAGACAGAGUCAUCAUUUUCAUCAUCAGCAGACAUAAGCAAGGCAGAUGUGUCUUCCUCCCCAACACCUUCUUCAGACUUGCCUUCACAUGACAUGCUGCAUAAUUACCCUUCAGCUCUUAGUUCCUCUGCUGGAAACAUCAUGCCAACAACUUACAUCUCAGUCACUCCAAAAAUUGGCAUGGGUAAACCAGCUAUUACUAAAAGAAAAUUUUCUCCUGGUAGACCUCGGUCCAAACAGGGGGCUUGGAGCACCCAUAAUACAGUGAGCCCACCUUCCUGGUCCCCAGACAUUUCAGAAGGUCGGGAAAUUUUUAAACCCAGGCAGCUUCCUGGCAGUGCCAUUUGGAGCAUCAAAGUGGGCCGUGGGUCUGGAUUUCCAGGAAAGCGGAGACCUCGAGGUGCAGGACUGUCGGGGCGAGGUGGCCGAGGCAGGUCAAAGCUGAAAAGUGGAAUCGGAGCUGUUGUAUUACCUGGGGUGUCUGCUGCAGAUAUUUCAUCAAAUAAGGAUGAUGAAGAAAACUCUAUGCACAAUACAGUUGUGUUGUUUUCUAGUAGUGACAAGUUCACUUUGAAUCAGGAUAUGUGUGUAGUUUGUGGCAGUUUUGGCCAAGGAGCAGAAGGAAGAUUACUUGCCUGUUCUCAGUGUGGUCAGUGUUACCAUCCAUACUGUGUCAGUAUUAAGAUCACUAAAGUGGUUCUUAGCAAAGGUUGGAGGUGUCUUGAGUGCACUGUGUGUGAGGCCUGUGGGAAGGCAACUGACCCAGGAAGACUCCUGCUGUGUGAUGACUGUGACAUAAGUUAUCACACCUACUGCCUAGACCCUCCAUUGCAGACAGUUCCCAAAGGAGGCUGGAAGUGCAAAUGGUGUGUUUGGUGCAGACACUGUGGAGCAACAUCUGCAGGUCUAAGAUGUGAAUGGCAGAACAAUUACACACAGUGCGCUCCUUGUGCAAGCUUAUCUUCCUGUCCAGUCUGCUAUCGAAACUAUAGAGAAGAAGAUCUUAUUCUGCAAUGUAGACAAUGUGAUAGAUGGAUGCAUGCAGUUUGUCAAAACUUAAAUACUGAGGAAGAAGUGGAAAAUGUAGCAGACAUUGGUUUUGAUUGUAGCAUGUGCAGACCCUAUAUGCCUGCGUCUAAUGUGCCUUCCUCAGACUGCUGUGAAUCUUCACUUGUAGCACAAAUUGUCACAAAAGUAAAAGAGCUAGACCCACCCAAGACUUAUACCCAGGAUGGUGUGUGUUUGACUGAAUCAGGGAUGACUCAGUUACAGAGCCUCACAGUUACAGUUCCAAGAAGAAAACGGUCAAAACCAAAAUUGAAAUUGAAGAUUAUAAAUCAGAAUAGCGUGGCCGUCCUUCAGACCCCUCCAGACAUCCAAUCAGAGCAUUCAAGGGAUGGUGAAAUGGAUGAUAGUCGAGAAGGAGAACUUAUGGAUUGUGAUGGAAAAUCAGAAUCUAGUCCUGAGCGGGAAGCUGUGGAUGAUGAAACUAAGGGAGUAGAAGGAACAGAUGGUGUCAAAAAGAGAAAAAGGAAACCAUACAGACCAGGUAUUGGUGGAUUUAUGGUGCGGCAAAGAAGUCGAACUGGGCAAGGGAAAACCAAAAGAUCGGUGAUCAGAAAAGAUUCCUCAGGCUCUAUUUCUGAGCAGUUACCUUGCAGAGAUGAUGGCUGGAGUGAGCAGUUACCAGAUACUUUAGUUGAUGAAUCUGUUUCUGUUACUGAAAGUACUGAAAAAAUAAAGAAGAGAUACCGAAAAAGGAAAAAUAAGCUUGAAGAAACUUUCCCUGCCUAUUUACAAGAAGCUUUCUUUGGAAAAGAUCUUCUAGAUACAAGUAGACAAAGCAAGAUAAGUUUAGAUAAUCUAUCAGAAGAUGCAGCUCAGCUUUCAUAUAAAACAAACAUGAACGCAGGUUUCUUGGAUCCUUCCUUGGAUCCACUACUUAGUUCAUCCUCGGCUCCAACAAAAUCUGGAACUCACGGUCCUGCUGAUGACCCAUUAGCUGAUAUUUCUGAAGUUUUAAACACAGAUGAUGACAUUCUUGGAAUAAUUUCAGAUGAUCUAGCAAAAUCAGUUGAUCAUUCAGAUAUUGGUCCUGUCCCUGAUGAUCCUUCUUUGCCUCAGCCAAGUGUCAAUCAGAGUUCACGACCAUUAAGUGAAGAACAACUAGAUGGGAUCCUCAGUCCCGAACUAGACAAAAUGGUCACAGAUGGAGCAAUUCUUGGAAAAUUAUAUAAAAUUCCAGAGCUUGGUGGAAAAGAUGUUGAAGACUUAUUUACAGCUGUACUUAGUCCUGCGAACACUCAGCCAACUCCAUUGCCACAGCCUCCCCCACCAACACAGCUGUUGCCAAUACACAAUCAGGAUGUUUUUUCACGGAUGCCACUCAUGAAUGGCCUUAUUGGACCCAGUCCUCAUCUCCCACAUAAUUCUUUGCCACCUGGAAGCGGACUGGGAACUUUCUCUGCAAUUGCACAAUCCCCUUAUCCUGAUGCCAGGGAUAAAAAUUCAGCCUUUAAUCCAAUGGCAAGUGAUCCUAACAACUCUUGGACAUCAUCAGCUCCCACUGUGGAAGGAGAAAAUGACACACUGUCGAAUGCUCAGAGAAGCACGCUUAAGUGGGAGAAAGAGGAGGCUCUGGGUGAAAUGGCCACAGUUGCACCGGUUCUGUACACCAAUAUUAAUUUCCCCAACUUAAAGGAAGAAUUCCCUGAUUGGACUACUAGAGUGAAGCAAAUUGCCAAAUUGUGGAGAAAAGCAAGCUCACAGGAAAGAGCACCAUAUGUGCAAAAAGCCAGAGAUAACAGAGCUGCUUUACGCAUUAAUAAAGUACAGAUGUCAAAUGAUUCCAUGAAAAGGCAGCAACAGCAAGACAGCAUCGAUCCCAGUUCUCGUAUUGAUUCGGAGCUUUUUAAAGAUCCAUUAAAGCAAAGAGAAUCAGAACAUGAACAGGAAUGGAAAUUUAGACAGCAAAUGCGUCAGAAAAGUAAGCAGCAAGCUAAAAUCGAAGCCACACAGAAACUUGAACAGGUGAAAAAUGAGCAGCAACAGCAGCAACAACAGCAGUUUGGUUCUCAGCAUCUUCUGGUGCCGUCUGGUUCAGAUACACCAAGCAGUGGGAUACAGAGUCCCUUGACACCUCAGCCUGGCAAUGGGAAUAUGUCUCCUGCACAGUCAUUCCAUAAAGAACUGUUUACAAAACAGCCACCCAGUACCCCUACAUCUACAUCUUCAGAUGAUGUGUUUGUAAAACCACAAGCUCCACCUCCUCCUCCAGCCCCAUCCCGGAUUCCCAUUCAGGAGGGUCUUUCUCAGGCUCAGGCUUCUCAGCCACCUUCACCACAAGUGUUUUCACCUGGGUCCUCCAACUCACGACCACCAUCUCCAGUGGAUCCGUAUGCAAAAAUGGUUGGUACCCCUCGACCACCUCCUGUGGGCCAUAGUUUUUCCAGAAGAAAUUCUGCUGCACCAGUGGAAAACUGUACACCUUUAUCAUCGGUAUCUAGGCCCCUUCAAAUGAAUGAGACAACAGCAAAUAGGCCAUCGCCAGUCAGAGAUUUAUGUUCUUCCUCCAUGACAAAUAAUGACCCCUAUGCAAAACCUCCAGACACACCUAGGCCUGUGAUGACAGAUCAAUUUCCCAAAUCCUUGGGCCUCUCCCGGUCUCCUAUAGUUUCAGAACAAACUGCAAAAGGCCCUGUAGCAGCUGGAACCAAUGAUCACUUUACUAAACCACCUCCUAGGGCAGAUGUGUUUCAAAGACAACGGAUACCUGACCCAUAUGCACGACCCUUGUUGACACCUGCACCUCUUGAUGGUGGUCCUGGACCUUUUAAGACUCCAAUGCAACCUCCUCCAUCCUCUCAGGAUCCUUAUGGAUCAGUGUCACAGGCAUCAAGGCGAUUGUCUAUUGACCCUUAUGAAAGGCCUGCUUUGACACCAAGACCUAUAGAUAAUUUUUCUCAUAAUCAGUCAAAUGAUCCAUAUAGUCAGGCUCCCCUAACCCCACAUCCAGCAAUGAAUGAAUCUUUUGCCCAUCCUUCAAGGGCUUUUUCCCAGCCUGGAACCAUAUCAAGGCCAACAUCUCAGGACCCAUACUCCCAGCCCCCAGGAACUCCACGACCUGUUAUAGAUUCUUACUCCCAAUCUUCAGGAACAGCUAGGUCUAAUACAGACCCUUACUCUCAGCCUCCUGGAACUCCCCGGCCUACUACUGUUGACCCAUAUAGUCAGCAGCCCCCAACCCCAAGACCAUCUACACAGACUGACUUGUUUGUUACAUCUGUAACUAAUCAGAGGCAUUCUGAUCCAUAUGCUCAUCCUCCUGGAACACCAAGACCUGGAAUAUCUGUCCCUUACUCUCAGCCACCAGCAACACCAAGGCCAAGGAUUUCAGAGGGUUUUACUAGGUCCUCAAUGACAAGACCAGUCCUCAUGCCAAAUCAGGAUCCUUUCCUGCAAGCAGCACAAAACCGAGGACCAGCUUUACCUGGCCCGUUGGUAAGGCCACCCGAUACAUGUUCCCAGACACCUAGGCCCCCUGGACCUGGUCUUUCAGACACAUUUAGCCGUGUUUCCCCAUCUGCUACCCGUGAUCCCUAUGAUCAGCCUCCGGUGACUCCAAGAUCUCAGUCGGACUCUUUUGGAACCAGUCAAGCUGCCCCUGAUGUUGCCGAUCAGCCAAGGCCUGGGUCAGAGGGGAGCUUCUGUGCAUCUUCAAACUCUCCAAUGCACUCCCAAGGCCAGCAGUUCUCUGGUGUCUCCCAGCUUCCUGGACCUGUGCCAACUUCAGGGGUAACUGACACACAGAAUACUGUGAAUAUGGCCCAAGCAGAUACGGAAAAAUUGAGACAGCGGCAGAAGUUGCGUGAAAUUAUUCUCCAGCAGCAACAGCAGAAGAAGAUUGCAGGUCGGCAGGAGAAGGGGUCACAGGACUCUCCCGCAGUGCCUCAUCCAGGGCCUCUUCAACACUGGCAACCAGAGAAUAUUAACCAGGCUUUCGCCAGACCCCCACCUCCUUAUCCUGGGAACAUUAGGUCUCCUGUUGCCCCUCCUUUAGGACCUAGAUAUGCUCUUUUCCCAAAAGAUCAGCGUGGACCCUAUCCUCCUGAUGUUGCUAGUAUGGGGAUGAGACCUCAUGGAUUUAGAUUUGGAUUUCCAGGAGGUAGUCAUGGUACCAUGCCGAGUCAAGAGCGCUUCCUUGUGCCUCCUCAACAAAUACAGGGAUCUGGAGUUUCUCCACAGCUAAGAAGAUCAAUAUCUGUAGAUAUGCCUAGGCCUUUAAAUAACUCACAAAUGAAUAAUCCAGUUGGACUUCCUCAGCAUUUUUCACCACAGAGCCUGCCAGUUCAGCAGCACAACAUACUGGGCCAAGCAUAUAUUGAACUGAGACAUAGGGCUCCUGACGGAAGGCAACGGCUGCCUUUCAGUGCUCCACCUGGCAGCGUUGUAGAGGCGUCUUCUAAUCUGAGACAUGGAAACUUCAUUCCCCGGCCAGACUUUCCGGGCCCUAGACACACAGAGCCCAUGAGACGACCUCCCCAGGGUCUACCUAAUCAGCUACCUGUGCACCCAGAUUUGGAACAAGUGCCACCAUCUCAACAAGAGCAAGGUCAUUCUGUCCACUCAUCUUCUGUGGUCAUGAGGACUCUGAACCAUCCACUAGGUGGUGAAUUUUCAGAAGCUCCUUUGUCAACAUCUGUACCAUCUGAAACAACGUCUGAUAAUUUACAGAUAACCACCCAACCUUCUGAUGGUCUAGAAGAAAAACUCGAUUCUGAUGACCCUUCUGUGAAAGAACUGGAUGUUAAAGACCUUGAGGGAGUUGAAGUCAAAGACUUAGAUGAUGAAGAUCUUGAAAACUUAAAUUUAGAUACAGAGGAUGGCAAGGUAGUUGAAUUGGAUACUUUAGAUAAUUUGGAAACUAAUGAUCCCAACCUGGAUGACCUCUUAAGGUCAGGAGAGUUUGAUAUCAUUGCGUAUACAGAUCCAGAACUUGACCUGGGAGAUAAGAAAAGCAUGUUUAAUGAGGAGCUAGACCUUCCAAUUGAUGAUAAGUUAGAUAAUCAGUGUGCAUCUGUUGAACCCAAAAAAAAGGAACAAGAAGACAAAACUCUGGUUCUCUCUGAUAAACAUUCACCACAGAAAAAAUCCACUGUUACCAAUGAGGUAAAAAUGGAAGUAUUGUCUCCAAAUUCUAAGGUGGAAUCCAAAUGUGAAACUGAAAAAAGUGAUGAGAAUAAAGAUAAUGUUGACCCUCCCUGCUCACAGGCUUCUGCUCACUCAGACCUAAAUGAUGGAGAAAAGACUUCUUUGCAUCCUUGUGAUCCAGAUCUAUUUGAGAAAAGAACGAAUCGAGAAACCGCUGGCUCCAGUGCAAAUGUCAUUCAAGGAUCCACUCAACUACCUGCUCAAGAUGUAAUAAACUCUUGUGGCAUAACUGGAUCAACUCCAGUUCUCUCAAGUUUACUUGCUAAUGAAAAAUCUGAUAAUUCAGACAUUAGGCCAUUGGGGUCUCCACCACCAACUCUGCCGGCCUCACCAUCUAAUCAUGUGUCAAGUUUGCCUCCUCUAAUAGCACCGCCUGGCCAUGUUUUGGAUAAUACCAUGAAUUCUAAUGUAACAGUAGUCUCUAGGGUAAACCAUGCUUUUUCUCAGGGUGUGCAGGUAAAUCCAGGAUUCGUUCCAGGUCAGUCAACAGUUAACCACAAUUUGGGGACAGGAAAACCUACAACUCAAACUGGGCCUCUAACAAGUCAGUCUGGUACCAGUGGCGUGUCUGGACCCCAACAACUAAUGAUUCCUCAAACAUUAGCACAGCAGAAUAGAGAGAGGCCCCUUCUUCUAGAAGAACAGCCGCUGCUUCUACAGGAUCUUUUGGAUCAAGAAAGGCAAGAACAGCAGCAGCAAAGACAGAUGCAAGCCAUGAUUCGUCAGCGAUCAGAACCAUUCUUCCCUAAUAUUGAUUUUGAUGCAAUUACAGAUCCGAUAAUGAAAGCCAAAAUGGUGGCCCUUAAAGGCAUAAAUAAAGUGAUGGCACAAAACAAUCUGGGCAUGCCACCAAUGGUGAUGAGCAGGUUCCCUUUUAUGGGCCAGGCGGUAACUGGAACCCAGAACAGUGAAGGACAGAACCUUGGACCACAAGCCAUUCCUCAGGAUGGCAGUAUAACACAUCAGAUUUCUAGGCCUAAUCCUCCAAAUUUUGGUCCAGGCUUUGUCAAUGAUUCACAGCGUAAGCAGUAUGAAGAGUGGCUCCAGGAGACCCAACAGCUGCUUCAAAUGCAGCAGAAGUAUCUUGAAGAACAAAUUGGUGCUCAUAGAAAAUCUAAGAAGGCCCUUUCAGCUAAACAACGUACCGCCAAGAAAGCUGGGCGUGAAUUUCCAGAGGAAGAUGCAGAACAACUCAAGCAUGUUACUGAACAGCAAAGCAUGGUUCAGAAACAGCUAGAACAGAUUCGUAAACAACAGAAAGAACAUGCUGAAUUGAUUGAAGAUUAUCGGAUCAAACAGCAGCAACAGCAGCAGCAGUGUGCGAUGGCCCCACCUACCAUGAUGCCCAGUGUCCAGCCCCAGCCACCCCUAAUUCCAGGUGCCACUCCACCCACCAUGAGCCAACCCUCCUUUCCCAUGGUGCCACAGCAGCUUCAGCACCAGCAGCACACAACAGUUAUUUCUGGCCAUACCAGUCCUGUUAGAAUGCCUAAUUUACCUGGAUGGCAACCCAACACUGCUCCUGCCCACCUGCCCCUCAAUCCUCCUAGAAUUCAACCCCCAAUUGCCCAGUUACCAAUAAAAACUUGUACACCAGCGCCAGGGACAGUCUCAAAUGCAAAUCCACAGACUGGACCACCACCUCGGGUAGAAUUUGAUGACAACAAUCCCUUUAGUGAAAGUUUUCAAGAACGGGAACGUAAGGAACGUUUACGAGAACAGCAAGAGAGACAACGGAUCCAACUCAUGCAAGAGGUAGAUAGACAAAGAGCUUUGCAGCAGAGGAUGGAAAUGGAGCAGCAUGGCAUGGUGGGCUCUGAGAUAAGUAGUAGUAGGACAUCUGUGUCCCAGAUUCCCUUCUACAGUUCCGACUUACCUUGCGAUUUUAUGCAACCUCCAAGACCCCUUCAGCAGUCUCCACAACACCAACAGCAAAUGGGACAGGUUUUACAGCAACAGAAUAUACAACAAGGAUCGAUUAAUUCACCCUCCACCCAAACUUUCAUGCAGACUAAUGAGCGAAGGCAGGUAGGACCUCCUUCAUUUGUUCCUGAGUCACCAUCAAUCCCUGUUGGAAGCCCAAAUUUUUCUUCUGUUAAGCAAGGACAUGGAAAUCUUUCUGGGACCGGCUUCCACCAGUCUCCAGUGAGGCCUUCUUUUACACCUGCUUUACCAGCAGCACCUCCGGUAGCUAAUAGCAGUCUCCCAUGUGGCCAAGAUUCUACUAUAACCCAUGGACACAGUUACCCGGCAUCAACCCAAUCACUCAUUCAGUUGUAUUCUGAUAUAAUCCCAGAGGAAAAAGGGAAAAAGAAAAGAACAAGAAAAAAGAAAAGAGAUGAUGAUGCAGAAUCCACCAAGGCUCCAUCAACUCCCCAUUCAGAUAUAACUGCUCCACCGACUCCAAGCAUCUCAGAAACUACCUCUACUCCUGCAGUGAGCACACCCAGUGAGCUUCCUCAACAGGCCGACCAAGAGUCGGUGGAACCAGUCGGCCCAUCCACUCCCAGUAUGGCAGCAGGCCAGCUAUGUACAGAAGUAGAGAACAAACUGCCCAAUAGUGAUUUCUCACAAGCAGCUCCAAAUCAACAGACUUAUGCAAAUUCAGAAGUAGAUAAGCUCUCCGUGGAAACCCCUGCCAAAACAGAAGAGAUAAAACUGGAAAAGCCUGAGACAGAGUCAUGCCCGGGCCAAGAGGAGCCUAAAUUGGAGGAACAGAGUGGUAGUAAGGUAGAAGGAAAUGCUGCAGCCUGUCCUGUCUCCUCAGCACAGAGUCCUCCCCAUUCUGUUGGGGCCCCUGCUGCCAAAGGAGACUCAGGGAAUGAACUUCUGAAACACUUGUUGAAAAAUAAAAAGUCAUCUUCUCUUUUGAAUCAAAAACCUGAGGGCAAUAUUUGUUCAGAAGAUGACUGUACAAAGGAUAAUAAACUAGCUGAGAAGCAGAACCCAGCUGAAGGACUGCAAACUUUGGGGGCUCAAAUGCAAGGUGGUUUUGGAUGUGGCAACCAGUUGCCAAAAACAGAUGGAGGAAGUGAAACCAAGAAACAGCGAAGCAAACGGACUCAGAGGACGGGUGAGAAAGCAGCACCUCGCUCAAAGAAAAGGAAAAAGGACGAAGAGGAGAAACAAGCUAUGUACUCUAGCACCGAUACAUUUACCCACUUGAAACAGCAGCUCUCUCUGCUCCCUCUAAUGGAACCAAUCAUUGGAGUGAACUUUGCGCACUUUCUUCCUUAUGGCAGUGGCCAAUUUAAUAGUGGGAAUCGACUUCUAGGAACUUUUGGCAGUGCUACCCUGGAAGGGGUUUCGGACUACUAUUCUCAGUUGAUCUACAAGCAGAAUAAUUUAAGUAAUCCUCCAACACCCCCUGCCUCUCUUCCUCCUACACCACCUCCUAUGGCUUGUCAGAAGAUGGCCAAUGGUUUUGCAACAACUGAAGAACUUGCUGGAAAAGCUGGAGUGUUAGUGAGCCAUGAAGUUACCAAAACUCUAGGACCUAAACCAUUUCAGCUGCCCUUCAGACCCCAGGAUGACUUGUUGGCCCGAGCUCUUGCUCAGGGCCCCAAGACAGUUGAUGUGCCAGCCUCCCUCCCAACACCACCUCACAACAAUCAGGAAGAAUUAAGGAUACAGGAUCACUGUGGUGAUCGAGACACUCCUGACAGUUUUGUUCCCUCGUCGUCUCCUGAGAGUGUGGUUGGGGUAGAAGUGAGCCGGUACCCAGAUCUGUCAUUGGUCAAGGAGGAGCCUCCAGAACCGGUGCCGUCCCCCAUCAUUCCCAUCCUUCCUAGCACUGCGGGGAAAAGUUCUGAAUCAAGAAGGAAUGACAUCAAAACUGAGCCAGGCACUUUAUAUUUUGCAUCACCUUUUGGUUCUUCCCCAAAUGGUCCCAGAUCGGGUCUUAUAUCUGUAGCAAUUACUCUGCAUCCUACAGCUGCUGAGAACAUUAGUAGUGUUGUGGCUGCGUUUUCCGACCUUCUUCACGUCCGAAUCCCUAACAGCUAUGAGGUUAGCAAUGCUCCAGAUGUCCCAUCCAUGGGUUUGGUCAGUAGCCACAGAAUCAACCCGGGUUUGGAGUAUCGACAGCAUUUACUUCUCCGUGGGCCUCCGCCAGGAUCUGCAAACCCUCCCAGAUUAGUGAGCUCUUACCGGCUGAAGCAGCCUAAUGUACCAUUUCCUCCAACAAGCAAUGGUCUUUCUGGAUAUAAGGAUUCUAGUCAUGGUAUUGCAGAAAGCGCAGCACUCAGACCACAGUGGUGUUGUCAUUGUAAAGUGGUUAUUCUUGGAAGUGGUGUGCGGAAAUCUUUCAAAGAUCUGACCCUUUUGAACAAGGAUUCCCGAGAAAGCACCAAGCGGGUAGAGAAGGACAUUGUCUUUUGUAGUAAUAACUGCUUUAUUCUUUAUUCAUCAACUGCACAAGCAAAAAACUCAGAAAACAAGGAAUCUGUUCCUUCAUUGCCACAAUCACCUAUGAGAGAAACGCCUUCCAAAGCGUUUCAUCAGUACAGCAACAACAUCUCCACUUUGGAUGUGCACUGUCUCCCCCAGCUCCAGGAGAAGGCUUCUCCCCCUGCCUCACCGCCCAUCGCCUUCCCUCCUGCUUUUGAAGCAGCCAAAGUAGAGGCCAAGCCAGAUGAGCUGAAGGUAACAGUCAAGCUGAAGCCUCGGCUAAGAACUGUCCAUGGUGGGUUUGAAGACUGUAGGCCGCUGAAUAAAAAAUGGAGAGGAAUGAAAUGGAAGAAGUGGAGCAUUCAUAUUGUAAUCCCUAAGGGGACAUUUAAACCACCUUGUGAGGAUGAAAUAGAUGAAUUUCUAAAGAAAUUGGGCACUUCCCUUAAACCUGAUCCUGUGCCCAAAGACUAUCGGAAAUGUUGCUUUUGUCAUGAAGAAGGUGAUGGAUUGACAGAUGGACCAGCAAGGCUACUCAACCUUGACUUGGAUCUGUGGGUCCACUUGAACUGCGCUCUGUGGUCCACGGAGGUCUAUGAGACUCAGGCUGGUGCCUUAAUAAAUGUGGAGCUAGCUCUGAGGAGAGGCCUACAAAUGAAAUGCGUCUUCUGUCACAAGACAGGUGCCACUAGUGGAUGCCACAGAUUUCGAUGCACCAACAUUUAUCACUUUACUUGCGCCAUUAAAGCACAAUGCAUGUUUUUUAAGGACAAAACUAUGCUUUGCCCCAUGCACAAACCAAAGGGAAUUCAUGAGCAAGAAUUAAGUUACUUUGCAGUCUUCAGGAGGGUCUAUGUUCAGCGUGAUGAGGUGCGACAGAUUGCUAGCAUCGUGCAACGAGGAGAACGGGACCAUACCUUUCGCGUGGGUAGCCUCAUCUUCCACACAAUCGGUCAGCUGCUUCCACAGCAGAUGCAAGCAUUCCAUUCUCCUAAAGCACUCUUCCCUGUGGGCUAUGAAGCCAGCCGGCUGUACUGGAGCACGCGUUAUGCCAACAGGCGCUGCCGCUACCUGUGCUCCAUUGAGGAGAAGGACGGGCGCCCGGUGUUUGUCAUCAGGAUUGUGGAACAAGGCCAUGAAGACCUGGUUCUAAGUGACAUCUCACCUAAAGGUGUCUGGGAUAAGAUACUGGAGCCUGUAGCAUGUGUGAGAAAAAAGUCUGAAAUGCUCCAACUUUUCCCAGCAUAUUUAAAAGGAGAGGAUCUGUUUGGCCUGACCGUCUCUGCAGUGGCACGCAUAGCGGAAUCACUACCUGGGGUUGAGGCAUGUGAAAACUAUACCUUCCGAUACGGCCGAAAUCCUCUCAUGGAACUUCCUCUUGCCGUUAACCCCACAGGUUGUGCCCGUUCUGAACCUAAAAUGAGUGCCCAUGUCAAGAGGUUUGUGUUAAGGCCUCACACCUUAAACAGCACCAGCACCUCAAAGUCAUUCCAGAGCACAGUCACUGGAGAACUGAACGCACCUUAUAGUAAACAGUUUGUUCACUCCAAGUCCUCGCAGUACCGGAAGAUGAAGACUGAAUGGAAAUCCAACGUGUAUCUGGCACGGUCUCGGAUUCAGGGGCUGGGCCUGUAUGCUGCUAGAGACAUUGAGAAGCACACCAUGGUCAUUGAGUAUAUCGGGACUAUCAUUCGAAAUGAAGUAGCAAACAGAAAGGAGAAACUGUAUGAGUCUCAGAACCGUGGUGUGUACAUGUUCCGCAUGGAUAACGACCACGUGAUUGAUGCGACGCUCACAGGAGGGCCUGCGAGGUAUAUCAACCAUUCAUGUGCACCUAAUUGUGUGGCUGAAGUGGUGACUUUUGAGAGAGGACACAAAAUUAUCAUCAGCUCCAAUCGGAGAAUCCAGAAAGGAGAAGAGCUCUGCUAUGACUAUAAGUUUGACUUUGAAGAUGACCAGCACAAGAUUCCGUGUCACUGUGGAGCUGUUAACUGCCGGAAGUGGAUGAACUGAAAUGCAUUCCUUGCUAUCUCAGCGGGCGGCUUGUCCCUAGGAAGAGGCGAUUCAACACACCAUUGGAAUUUUGCAGACAGAAAGAUAUUUUUGUUUUCUGUUUUAUGACUUUUUGAAAAAGCUUCUGGGAGUUCUGAUUUCCUCGGUCCUUUAGGUUAGAGCAGCGCCAGGAGGAAGCUGACAGAGGCAGCGCCCCUGAAGUGGCCGAGGUGAAACAGAAUUACAGAACGGUCCAGCACUUUGCUUUCUUUUCUUUUCCUUUUCUUUCUUUUUUUGUUUGCUUUUUUUUCCCUUGUGGGUGGGUUUCGUAGUUUUGGUUUUUUAGUCUCACUAAGGAGAAACUUUUACUGGGGCAAAGAGCCGAUGGCUGCCCUGCCCCGGGCGGGGCCUUCCUAUGAAUGUAAGACUGAAAUCACCAGCGAAGGGGACAGAGAGUGCUGGCCACGGCCUUAUUAAAAAGGGGCAGGCCCUCUAACUUCAAAAUGUUUUUAAAUAAAGUAGACACCACUGAACAAGGAAUGUACUGAAAUGACUUCCUUAGGGAUAGAGCUAAGGGAUAAUAACUUGCACUAAAUACAUUUAAAUACUUGAUUCCAUGAGUCAGUUUAUUGUAGUUUUUGAUUUCUGUAAAAUAAGAGAAACUUUUGUAUUUAUUAUUGAAUAAGUGAAUGAAGCUAUUUUUAAAUAAAGUUAGAAGAAAGCCAAGCUGCUGCUGUUCCCUGCAGAACUAACAAACCUGUUACUUUGUACAGAUAUGUAAAUAUUUUGAGAAAAAUACAGUAUAAAAAUAGUUAUUGACCAAAUGCUACCAGGCUCUGCAGCAGCUCGGGUGCUUAUAAAAUGUUCAUAGGGAUGUUACAAUAUAAUUUUGUGUUAUAAAAUAUGCCAUUAUAAUUAUGUAAUAACCAAAAUUUCAACCUAGAGUGUUUGGGGUUUUUUGGAAACUGCAGUCUAUUAGUACUUAAUGGUUUUAUACACCUUCCUUCUGACAGAGCGGGGCGUAUGCUACAACUUUUAUAGCUGUUUUGGUAAUUUAAACUAAUUUUUUCAUAUUAUAUUGUUGCAUCCCUACUUCUUCAGUCAGGUUUUUUUGUGCUUACAAUUUGUGAUAACUGUGAAUAACUGCUUAAAAAUACACCCAAAUGGAGGCUGAAUUUUUUCUUCAGCAAAAGUAGUUUUGAUUAGAACUUUGUUUCAGGCCAUAGAGAAUCAUGUAAACAUAAUAGGAUCAUGUAGCAGAAACUUAAAUCUAACCCUCUAGCCUUCUAUUUAACACAAAAAUUUGAAAAAGCAAAAAAAAAAAAAAGGAGAUGUGACUAUGCUUACAGCUGCAGGACUCUGGCAAUAGGGUUUUGGAAGAUGUAAUUUUAAAAUGUGUUUGUAUGAACUGUUUGUUUACAUUUCUUUAAUAAAAAAAAAACACUGUUUUGUGUUUGCUUGUAGAAACUUAAUCAGCAUUUUGAACCAGGUUAGCUUUUUAUUUUGUACUUAAAAUUCUGGUACUGACACUUCACAGGCUAAGUAUAAAAUGAAGUUUUGUGUGCACAAUUCAAGUGGACUGUAAACUGUUGGUAUAUUCAGUGAUGCAGUUCUGAACUUGUAUAUGGCAUGAUGUAUUUUUAUCUUACAGAAUAAAUCAAUUGUAUAUAUUUUUCUCUUGAUAAAUAGCUGUAUGAAAUUUGUUUCCUGAAUAUUUUUCUUCUCUUGUACAAUAUCCUGACAUCCUGAUUACCAGUAUUUGUCCUACCGGGUUUUUGUUGUUUUCUGUUCUGUAUAAUAGUAUCUAAUGUUGGCAAAAAUUGAAUUUUUUGAAGUAUACAGAGUGUUAUGGGUUUUGGAAUUUGUGGACACAGAUUUAGAAGAUCACCAUUUACAAAUAAAAUAUUUUACAUCUAUAA